AUGGCUCUCAAGAGAAUCAACAAGGAACUCGCGGAUCUAGGCCGUGAUCCCCCCUCCUCCUGCUCUGCUGGUCCCGCAGGAGAGGAUCUGUUCCACUGGCAAGCGACGAUAAUGGGUCCUGGUGACUCCCCAUACUCCGGAGGUGUCUUCUUCCUGUCGAUCCACUUCCCUACCGACUACCCUUUCAAGCCCCCCAAGGUCAACUUCACCACUCGCAUCUACCACCCCAACAUCAACUCGAACGGCAGCAUCUGUCUGGACAUCCUCAGAGACCAAUGGAGCCCUGCUCUCACGAUCUCUAAAGUCCUGCUGUCGAUCUGCUCGAUGCUUACAGACCCCAACCCCGAUGACCCGUUGGUGCCCGAGAUCGCGCACGUCUACAAGACCGACCGCCCUCGGUAUGAGGCCACCGCCCGCGAAUGGACCCGCAAAUACGCUAUUUGA